GGAAAUGAUAUAAAAAGAGUGUUAUUAUGUGACACUUGGCAUAAGUAGAACAGCUACUCCUGAAGAAAUAAAAAAAUAAUAUAGAAAAUUAGCAUUGCAAUGGCAUCCUGUAAAGAUUUUAUAAGAUUAUAGGAUAAAAAUCCAGAAAAUAAAGAGAAGGCUUAAGAAAUGUUCAAACAAAUAGGAGAAGCAUAUACAGUUCUAUCUGAUAUAGAAAAAAGAAAAAUUUAUGAUCAAUAUGGUCAUUAAGGGUAGAAUAUUAUUAUUAGUAUUUUUAUAGAAUGGAAGAAUAAAUCCAUUAACAUGAAGAAGAUGGCGAUUUUGCAUUCUUUACAUUUGAUCCUUUUGAGAUAUUUAAUAAUUUCUUUUAUUCUGGAGAUGUUUUAUUUGGAUCAGAUGAUGAUGAAUUUAUAAUUUUUGAGAAUAGAAGAAAAAAGAAAUAGAAAAAUAAGAACAGGAACUCUGUUUUUGGAUCUAUGAUUAAUAAUUUCAUUGAUCCUCCAUUUUUUGAUAAUCAUUAGACUGGUUAUUCAAAAUCAAUAACAUCAACUACAUAAUUUAUGUAUAAAUUAUUUAUUCAUUAUUAGAAAUGGUAAAUAAGUUACUGUAACUAAAGAGACAAUUAAAAAUGGAAAUAAAACUACUGUAAUAGAAAAAAGAAAUGAAAAUGGCAAAAUAACAUAGAAAAAAUAUGAAAUACAAGAUAAUUAAAGAAGACCUUAAUUACAAUAUGAAUAAUAAAAAAAAAAGAAAAAAAAUAAAUAACAUUGA